UAUGGUCACCAAAAUGCUUUUUCGUCCGUUAUCACUUAUUUGCUCAGAAUUGAAUCGCUAGCCUACAUGACUUACAUUUUGCUUAAACAGUUUAUUUUCAAAGCUAAAGUGCGAACUGUAGGCUACUAAAAUCAUAAAAUAGUUUAAAUAACAACCUUGCUUAGACUUAUUUUGAAAGCAGCCCCGUUUCGCUCCUGUUCUUUCUGGGUUUCUCCCCUGGCUUGACUCGACUGGAUUCCCUUUAGGAGAGGAGGAGGAGGGAGGGAGGUCGUCCCGGGUGAGGACACGACCCUGGCUGACCCGAGGAGCGAGGAGAGAAACUACAGAGAUGCGAAGCGGCAGAAACGUCCCGACGAGCGGUGAGGCUCCACGUCUGGAAGGAUUUCAGCAGCUGUUUGAUUUCUGUUUUCUCACCAGUAGGUGGUGCCACUACGGCGCAUUUCACCGUGAACUUCCAACCCUCAGAGCUCCUGACAGACUCUGCAGCUCCCUGAAGUGACAUGACUCACACUGUAGAUGCCUUAAUCCCUGACCUGUCAGUGCACUCACCCCUGGGUGUGGAGGGAGAGAAGCCCAGGUCUCUGGGCAGGGCUGAGACCUUCACUGAUGACGCCGUUUCCAUCCUGACCUCUACAAGCCAGUUGGCUGGAGCCCUCCUGGGUCACACCUUUGCCCUCAAAUACAAGAAGAGUCUCCCCAGUGCUGAAGCUAAGACUUGUAGUAGCUGCAGUGAAAACGACAGCAACAAUUCACGUCGCAAACGAGAGUUCAUCCCAGAUGAGAAAAAAGAUGAGGGUUACUGGGACAAGCGGAGAAAAAACAAUGAAGCAGCCAAGCGGUCCAGAGAGAAGCGGCGAGCUAACGACAUGGUGCUGGAGAGGCGGAUCCUGGGUCUGCUGGAGGAGAAUGCUCGCCUGAGGGCUGAGCUGCUGGCCCUCAAGUUUCACUUUGGCCUGGUCAAGGACCCAUCUGACAUGUCCAUCAUGCCACUGUCCAUAUCUCUCUGUGCCCAUCCACCACCCAAUGCAACCCAUUACUACCAGCCUCACACCGAUGGAGCAUUAUACCCCAGUACCCCUCACACUCAGCAGGGUUCCAUCUACGGGCUGAGAGGAGCCAGGCUUCUCUCAAGUCAUAGUGUAUCUGACGAAUCUAGCAUUUCCACCUCAUGUAGUUCACACGAGGGCAGCCCUGUGUUUUUUGAUGACACGCUGAGUGAAUAUGGAGGGCCUUCUCCAAAGGAGCUGGCUGAAGAGCAGCAGAACUACAACUCCCACAUCUAUCCCCUGGAGGCCAACGAAGGUUCAUGUGUAAACAGACGAGACUCAUCCAAAGGUUUGAGGAGCCUGCCACACAAGCUCCGCUUCAAAGGCCCUGGUGGGAGCAACACUGGAGGGGAGAUGUUGUCAUCCUCUGAUACCAGACACAAUGGACUUCCUGUAGCCACAGUGGGGCCGAACAUCCAGGUGAGGAACCACCUGCAGGUAGGGUCAGACAGUCAGACAGAGAGUCAGGUUCCUUGGUCCAGGGAGGAGGCCUGUGGUGGGCCCAGACAGCAGCAUCAGAGCCUGCCCUUUGGAUGUUAUAACUCCCCUUCUCUGCAGACCUCCAGGGACAUGAAGUAUACAACAGACGACAUCAGUCUCAGGGCGCAGGUCAGCUGUUUGUCUCGGGAAGUGGCUCAGCUCAAAAGACUCUUCUCUCAGCAGCUGCUCUCUAGGAUUGUGUAAGACCUGUGGAGGGUCCGAAGCUGAAAACCAGGCUAAAGCUAACAGACAGUCAACAUAACAUCUUUUGAAACCAUAGGUCUCACAAACAGCUGAUUUCCACAGUGGCAUAAACAGCCACCUCUGAAAUGACAAACCUUAUUUACACCACCUUUCACCAGAAGAGCUUAGUUCAGUGUUUGUUGUGUCGUGGUCAGCACACCAAUACCAGAAAACAUGCUUGACUUUUAAAAUAAUGCUCAAUGAGCACAAAACUAUAGGGGAUUCAUGUGGAUCAUGUUGAUUUCUGAUUGUAAAGACACUACAUCUCUGAAUGCUUGACUGGACAGGUCGGUCAGAAAACAUUGGAAGAACAUGUACAUGAUUAUACCAUGUUCAGUACAAACACUUCUCUUAGACAACACACGGCCAUUUCACCUCUUAACACAAGACAUGUCGUCUGUGAAAUUUACCUUGGGUUAAAUGUGUGACAAAUGUAAUUAAAGAAAUGAGCGUACUGUGCUUUUUAAUACCUGUAUCUGGUUUACUUAAUAAUAGCAAGGUCCAUGGACUGUUGUCACUGUUCAGAAUGGCAAAUGAACUGUAUCUGGAAAUAAACGUACAUCUUAUG